AUUGAAGGUCCAAAAGCCAACCAUUAAAAACCACCACAAAACAUCCCUGCGCUAUCUAAACAAACUACAUCCAGUGGUCAACCAAACCAUCAUAAUAAUUUAAGUCCUUGAAUAGAAGCCAACCAGUAGAUGUCAAAGUCAACAAUCUAAAUCUGAUUUGCAAAAGAGUACAGAUAUAAUUUGCGCACCACCACAGCAUAUCUAUACCACAGUCCGUUUCCUGGACUACCAGAAAUUUAAAAAACGUCUCACACUUUUUCUUUUUGCUUGGUUUACACUGGCAUUCUUGUUUCAACUCUCUGUGGCUUGAACUUGCCAUGGCAAAACCAGUUUCAAUUGAAGUAUGGAACCCAAGUGGGAAAUACAGAGUUGUGAGCACAAAAUCCAUGCCUGGAACUCGUUGGAUCAACCUCUUAAUUGAGCAAGAUUGCAGAGUUGAGAUAUGCACAGAGAAGAAAACAAUAUUGUCUGUUGAGGAUAUUAUUGCUUUAAUUGGAGAUAAGUGCGAUGGGGUAAUUGGCCAGUUGACAGAAGAUUGGGGAGAGACUUUGUUUGCAGCUUUAAGCAAAGCUGGAGGGAAGGCUUUUAGUAACAUGGCUGUUGGAUACAACAAUGUUGAUGUUAAUGCUGCUAAUAAGUAUGGUGUUGCUGUUGGAAAUACUCCCGGAGUUCUUACAGAGACAACAGCUGAGUUGGCAGCUUCACUUUCUUUAUCAGCAGCUAGAAGAAUAGUUGAAGCUGACGAGUUUAUGAGGGCAGGCUUAUAUGAUGGAUGGCUUCCUCAUUUGUUUGUCGGGAAUUUGCUCAAAGGACAGACUGUUGGUGUCAUUGGAGCUGGUCGUAUUGGAUCUGCUUAUGCCAGAAUGAUGGUUGAGGGGUUCAAAAUGAAUCUAAUUUACUAUGAUCUUUACCAAGCCACACGGCUAGAGAAGUUCGUUACGGCUUAUGGUGCAUUCUUACAAGCCAAUGGGGAAAAGCCGGUUACUUGGAAAAGGGCAGCCAGCAUGGAUGAAGUGCUUCGCGAGGCAGAUGUGAUAAGUCUUCACCCGAUCUUGGACAAAACAACUUAUCACUUGAUCAACAAAGAAAGGCUUGCAACAAUGAAGAAGGAAGCAAUCCUCAUAAACUGUAGCAGGGGUCCGGUGAUUGAUGAAGUGGCUCUUGUGGAACAUUUGAAACAAAAUCCUAUGUUUCGAGUUGGUCUUGACGUCUUCGAGGAUGAACCAUACAUGAAACCUGGACUUGCUGAAAUGAAGAAUGCCAUUGUAGUACCUCAUAUUGCUUCUGCUUCAAAGUGGACUCGCGAAGGAAUGGCGACUCUAGCAGCUCUGAAUGUACUGGGAAAGAUUAAAGGAUAUCCGGUCUGGGGCGAUCCAAAUCGAGUAGAGCCAUUCCUGAAUGAGAAUGCUCCUCCUCCGGCUGCAAGUCCGAGUAUUGUCAAUGCAAAAUCCUUGGGUUUACCAGUUUCAAAACUAUAAAGAUUGGAAGGCUGCAGAUAUCACUAAAGGGCCUUGUUAGAUUUCACUUAUCAGAAGCAGUAACAAUCUAUGUAGUUUUACUACAAGGAGUAAUAUUAGCACUGUAAUCUUGUUUUACCAUGUUGCAAUAACUGCCUUCAAAAUUCUUGAAUAUAAGAGCUUGUGUUGUGACGCUACUGUAUACUUUAGCAACUUCAUUAACUGGAUAAAAUUACAAACAA